AAUUGGAACUCAACUGGUCACAAAAACACACACACAAACCAAGACACAAUGGUUUGUAAUCAAAAUUUGAAGAAUGCUAUCAUAGCAAUAUUAGUUCCUCUUCCAUCAAUCAUCUUCUAUCUCACAUUCCUCAACAACUAUCACUCAUCAAUUUCCAUCCCAAACAACCCUUCUUUUUUCUCAACUCUAUGGACAUGGUGCUAUCACCACCCUCUUCUCUUUGCCAAUGCUCUCUUCUUCUUCAAUGUCAAUAUCAUCUUCUGGCUCAUUGGUCAAAUCCAAUCUAGUCACUGGUUGAUUGAUCCAUAUUGGACAGUGAUUCCUGUGAUGCUUGUUCAUUACUAUGCAACACACCCUUUGGCUCAAUAUGAUUUGUGGAGGUCUAAGAUUGUGAUUUUGUUGACUUGGGUUUGGAGUAUUAGACUCACUCAUAAUUACUUUAGACGUGAAAAAUGGCAAUGGGGUGCUAGAGAAGAUUGGCGUUUCACUCAGAUGAGUCAACAAUAUGGAAAACUUUGGUGGUGGGUUUCAUUUUUUGCUGUUUACGUCUCUCAGCAGAUAUUUUUGAUUGGAUUGUCCCUUCCUUUAUAUGUUGUGCACUUUGUCAACAAGCCUUUGAGUAUCUUGGACUUGGUGGCUAUUGUUGUUUGUUUAAGUGGCAUUGUUAUAGCAUACUUUGCUGAUACACAACUCCAUGACUUUAUGAGUAGAAACAACCAGCUGAAAGGCCUUGGUAAACCUGUAAUCCCUGUACUUGACACUGGCCUAUGGUAUUACAGCCGGCGUCCGAAUUACUUUGGUGAGACGCUGUGGUGGUGGGGACUGGUUGUGUUUGCAUGGAACCUUGGACAUGGAUGGACCUUUAUUGGAGCUUUGGUUAAUACCUUUUGUUUGGCUUAUGUGGCUAGGCUUGUGGAGGACAGAAUGUUGAAACAAGAGAGUAGAGCAGAAGCUUUUAAGCUUUAUCAGAAGACAACUUCAGCGUGGAUACCUUGGUUCAAGUCAUUUCCUUCGGAUGUUAAAAAUAAGAAUGCUUGAUGUUUUUCUUAAUGCAAUGUUUUUUUUUUUAUUGUAGUAAAAUUUUCAUGUUUGUAUCCUGCAGUGUUGUAUUGUUUUCCUUGUUUAUUUGAUAGAAUCAUGAUUUGUAUGUGUUCUAGUAUGUAACAGCGAUACUUUAGACUGUGUACAUGCGUUUGAUUGUUCGACACAUCCGACAAGACAUUAACACA